AUGCCUUCAACACCACCAUCAUCAUCAUUCACAAAUAUUUGGAAAAGAUCCAUCUCUUUUCUUAAACCUACUCCAACUACCAUCAUACCCACUCAGGCAGAAUUAAAUAUAAGUACUAAUAAUAUUAUCAAUACUGAAACUCCCUUACCCCAUGACAAUGAUGGUUCAACUACAGAAUUUAAAAUAUUAGGCAGCCCACCUACAAUGGCGCUAAUUAGCUUACCAUCAAGUGUACCAUUAUAUAUUAAACGUAAACAUUUGAUUUCCAUAUUUGACAAGCAAAAUAGCAAAAAUACUGCUAAUACAACUUCCAUGAGCACCAGGUGGGUCCAACCUUGGAAAAAUUUAUUUUUAUGGCAAAAUUCAAUGCCAAUUUAUCAAAAAAUUAUAACAACAACAAACUUUGGCAAUAUAUCUGAUGAAAAUAGGCAAGCAUCAUCUGACUAUGAAGAUACUCGUUUGAAAUUACUAGUAAGCUCAUCUCAAGGUGGCUCACUAGCAGGUUUACAACUAGAUGGAUCUAAAGAUUGGUUUAUUUUUGGAGGCAGUCAAUCCAUUUUGGUAUUUGAAGAUAAUUCUUCCCUAAACAUCACUCCCAAGUUCAGUUUUAAAACUCUAUUUAAAAAGUUUCACCAAUUAAAUGGUCGUGGUAAUGUUAUUUUGAAUGGUAAAGGAUCAUCUAUAUAUUCCAUUGAAUUGAGUUCACCAGACGAAGAAAUCUUAGUUAGAGUAGAUAAUUUAUUGGGUCUUAGUGGUGCUAGUAUUUCAGAUUUACAAAAAAAUGUGCAUCCCUUUGUUUUUUCAAAACAAAAAGAAGGCGUUUCCUCAGGUAAUAAACUUGAAAACGACAAGAGAACUUUUCUUGGAAGAAUUUUCGAUAGAAAUUCAACUAUUGCAAAAACAAAAGACGAAGUUAAGGUCACAAUUAAGCAGCAGACAUUAGACCGUGAGUUUGGUUUGAAAGAUUUCAUUGAGAUUAGUAAAAAUGGUAUUUCCAACAUAUCAACCUUUAUCACUUAUUAUUAUUAUCAAUUUCUGAAUGGGAACCUAUCAUUAUGGGGGAAUCUUAACGGUGUUCAGUAUUGCAAACUAAGAGGACCAAGAACUAUUUUAAUUCAAAGCAAUGGAUUAAAUAGCAGAUUGCUAGAUGAUUUAAUUGAUAGCAAUCAAAGGAAAUCUAUUCUACCAGCAUCAGCAUUAAACGAAUUAUCUUUUUCCUCUUCAUCAGAGUCUAAAAUCAAAGACAGUAAGAAUUAUCUAAGCUAUGCUACUUUUGAUAAGAAUGGUAAUGUCCAUUUCCAAUCUACUCCAAACUUUGAUGAAUCCAUUGAGAAAAUAAAGCAGUCUCUAAAAAAACAUUAG